AUGGUGAAUUGCUAUAAAGACUGUCCUGAUGACCCAUCCCGGGUAUAUGCAGAGUCCACGCGCCAACAAAAAUGUGCCAGGACCAAACCAUCCGUGCGGAUAUCGACACCUGCAUUGGCUAUGCGCUCGGGUGCAGCUUCUGUCAUUCCAAGUGCCAGCGCUACUGCUGGUGCUUCCAGAGCCUUGGCUACGGAGACCAGCAAUAAUGAUGAGGACAAUGAUGGUUCCAACUCUGAUGCUGAUGAUGAUUUUAACGAAGGAGUCCCGACUAAAUCGUAUAGUGGGUUAGAAGCCAAUUCGAUUGCAAGUCUAAAAGAGGGGAGUGCUUCUGAUAUCAAGGCUUUGACUUGGGUAAGCUUGCUAGGACUCGGGGUAGCGGUGCUGUUUUGA